AUGUUGGUAGAAAAGGGAAUCAAAGUCUACGUGGCAGACAGAGAUCUCCAGGGCGCUCAGACGCUGGCCGACGAACUCAACACGGGCGAUCAGGUCGUGUGGACGGUCCCGGUCGACGUCGCGGACUGGGACUCGCAGCGAAAGGCAUGGGAAGCUGCCGAGGCUGAAUUCAAGCGCAUCGACUAUGUGCUGCCGAUUGCUGGUAUUGGCGAGCGACGCAUGUUCCCCAACAGGCCCAACUCGACGGGAUACGAGAAGCCCGACCUGAGCGUGCUGGAAGUCGACGGCAUUGGUGUCAUCUACACCGUGUCCCUGGCUGUCCAGCACUUUCGUCGCCAGCAGCCCAACCAGUAUGGCUUCCGUGGGAAAAUCAUGCCCGUGGCGUCUGUCUGUGGAUUCUACAUCCACCAGACCAUCCCCAUCUAUACCGCGGCAAAGCAUGCCGUCGUGGGCUUCGUCCGCUCGUACGGUAAGAUCCUCGCCGAGGAGCACAUCACCCUCAACGCCGUGUGUCCGAACAAGAUCCGGACGGGAAUCUCCACCGCCGCCGUGUACGACAAGGCAGAAAAGCUCGGCGUCCUGGUGCCCAUGGAGAGACUGUUGGAGGCCUUCGAGUCGCUGCUGGGCGAGAAUACCAUGUCGGGCGAAUGUCUCGAAGUCGCUCCCCAGAUUGGGGUCCGGGUCGUGCAGUUUGUCCCGUUCAUCAAUGAGGAGUCGAAGCUGAGCGCCGACAUGACCUAUGAGCGGUCGCACCACCUGCAUGAGCCGAGCGAAUGA